AUGGCGCUCAGCGAGACCCUCACAACGAAUGGAACCACGAAAGGUACGAAAACGAACAUCGGCAUCGUUGGCGCAGGCAUUGCAGGCCUCGGGGCCGCAGUUGCGCUCCGCCGCGCAGGCCAUGAUGUCGAGAUUUAUGAGAAGAGCAGCUUCAAGAGGGAAAUUGGUGCAGCCAUCUUACUGACACCGAAUGCGAACCGCAUCCUCCGCCGCUGGGGCUUCAAUUUUGACAAAGCGCGACCAGUCGACUUUGAGCAGUUUAGGCUGGUCAAUGGGACGAGUUUGGAAGUGAUUGAGAGGGUGGAUUUUGGAGGCGUGGAAGAGCAUUUUGGGGACAGGAUGUGUGCGUAUCAUCGCGUGGACCUGCAUACCGGACUCAGGGAGUUGGCGGAGAAAGAAGGUGCCGUUACUCAUCUUGGUGCAGAGGUCAUAGACGUCUCGCCUGAAGAGGGCAUCAUCACGCUGCAAUCCGGCAGAAAGGUACAAAAAGACCUCUGCAUUCUCGCGGAUGGGUGCCACUGUCCCUUCCUUGAGAAAAUUACCGACGAAGAUAUCCCAACUAGGAAGAUUGGGAAGUCCGUGUAUCGCUGGCUUGCGCCGAUGGAGAAAGUUCUGGAACAUCCAGACGCGGCGAAGCUGUGGAAUGGUGAAGGAGCAGGCUUCUGCACGUUCUCCGAGCCCAAAAGCGGCAACAUGAUGGUAACCUACCCCUGCCGCUCCGGAACCCUACUCAAUUGCGCCGUCUUCCACGACACGCGCCCCGACGAGAUACACAAAGUGGAUUGGAACGCGAACACUACACACGAGCGCGUGCUCGAGGCUUUGCAGAACUGCCAUGAUGCGGUAAAACAUAUUCCCAUGACAGCGGAGCAGAUGAAAGUCUACACUGUCACCCAGCGACCGCCGUCUACGCGCAUUUGGAGGGGCAAAAUGCUGUGUAUAGGAGACACAGUGCAUCAUAUGCUCCCCACCCACGCUCAAGGCGGCUGCUCCGCUCUCGAAGACGCCGCUGCGUUGGAAGUCCUCUUCGAUUCAAGUACCGUCUCCUCUUGUCCUGCAGACCUCGCAAGGAGACUCGACCUAUACACACAACUUCGCCUCCCGCGCAGCGCAACAACUCAAAUCCUGAGUUCUACAAAUCCGUGGCUCACGAUGGAGCAAGUGGCCAAGAAGACGGAGGAAAUUAGACGAUUUUAUGAUGGCCAUUUAGUAGACUGGCCUAAAGGGCUAGGACCGUGGAGUGCGCCCAUCAGGGAUUUUUGGUAUAGUUAUGACAUUAUCGAGGAGGCAGAGGAGGCGAUGAAGUACAAAGACAGUGGGAAGCUGCCAGAGGGAUGGAAGUGGUUUGGGGAGGUGAGGGAGAGGAUGGGCGGAGGGUCGUGA